CGGGCACUGUGCAAAGGAGGGAAUUUGUCGAAAGCAAUGAGACGGGGCGAAGAUUUGCUGGCCUCAACCCCUUCCAUGGCUGAUAACAACGAACACUACCGUGACCGUCAAGCCAGUCUCGCUUCUCUCUUCUUGCCGGAUUUGUGGCGAGGAGCGUUGUCAGAACACCAUGGAUCGCCAGCCUUGGCAUCAAGUGCAG